GGGUAAAGGGUUUUGAACUUGGAAUUCUUCAGGGGUAAAGGGUUUUGAGCUUGGAAUUCUUCAGGGGUAAAGGGUUUUGAGCUUGGAAUUCUUCAGGGGUAAAGAGGUUUGAGAUUGAAAAUUUUCAGAGCUUGGAAUUCUUCAGGUGUAAAGGGUUUUGAGCUUGGAAUUCUUCAUGGGUAAAGGGUUUUGAGUUUGGAAUUCUUCAGCGUUAAAGGGUUUUGAGCUUGGAAUUCUUCAGGGGUUAAAGGUUUUGAGCUUGGAAUUCUUCAGGGGUAAAGGGUUUUGACCUUGGAAUUUUGGAAUUCUUCGGAGGUGAAAGGUUUUGAGAUUGGAAUUCUUCAGGGGUAAAGGGUUUUGAGCUUGGAAUUUUGGAAUUCUUCAGGGGUAAAAGGUUUUGAGCUUGGAAUUCUUCAGGGGUAUAACUAUGAAAAACAUGUAUCCUCGACAGGGGGGGUACGGAUAUUAAAUGGAUAGCCCAUCUCAAACAUGGAGGUUAAAAUUGAUAUCGAAAGUGAAUGUCCAGUGCCAUAUCAAACAUCAAAUUUAAAAACAAAUUUAAACAACGUCGAAUGUAUCGGCGAUUUAAAGAAGAAGCUACAACCCUUACUCGGCGUUGCGGCGUGUGAUAUGUCUGUUUACCACAAGACACGACGGGAAUUAGAAAACAGAGAGAAAAUAUCAAAUUUGUAUGUGCGAGAAGGAGACACGUUUAUUGUUAAAUUUAUAAGCGUGUGCGAUGUACAUUUCUUAUCGAAAUUUCUUGAUGAUAUGAGAGCGUUUGUAAAGGAUGUUUGCGAAGCAUUUUCAGACGGGGAUCAAAUAAUGAAAAAUAUUGAUUGGAAUGAUGAUCGUUUAUUAGCUGUUGGUAAUAAUUGUUAUACAGCUGUGUUAGAAGAUUUAAUACGUAGGCGGGAAAGGUUUUCACCAUGGAGAUCCAAGCCAACAAGCGCAAACAAACAUUAUUUUGUACAAGAAGGUGGAUUGGAUCUGUUGGCUACAAUCUAUAACUUUGCCUCUAAAAAGCGGUAUCCAUUGCCAAUAUGGUAUGUAAUGCAUCAGUCAAUUCCAGCUGCGACCAUCCCCCCCGCCCGGGACAAUCCCCGGGCAUUGAUAAAUUUUCAAUUUUUUCGGGCAAAUGCCCGGGGGUAGGGCCAAAAAAAGGGACAAUGCCCCACCCUUGGGACGAAAAACAAAACAAAUGCUCCACACGGCCAGGCCGACAAAUUAGUCAAUUUCAAAGAAUGUACUACAUUAAUUACAUGUGUUUUAACAAUUUGUAUUUAUACCCCUGUUAAUUGCUCUUUUGGGAAUUUACAGAAACAAGGAAACUAUCGUUUUUGUUGCAGAUGAAAACAUUGACGAAAGGCUGUGACACACUUGCUUUUAUUGCAGAAAGUUUUUCAUUGUAAAUACAAGGAAGUUUAAGCUUCGCGUUUCCGGGAACGGCAAGCGGCAGAUUUGAACUUUCUUCGCGAAAUUUUCGUUAAACGUUUUCGUUUCAUAUUUUCUUUCUUGUGUCGAAAGAAUAGUCAUGCAUUGCAGUUUUAAAACAGCAAGUUCAUUUACUCUUUAUUGCCUGAUACCGUAAUUUUUUUCUUCGCCGGCUGGCAUUUGCCGUAUAACGCGAAGCUUAAACUCUCUACAAUAUGUAUAAUAUGGACUGAAGGAAAAUCUUAAACAUUGAUUCACACUUGAAAACCAACAUUCAACAAUAAUAUAUUAUAUAAAAUUUGUUUAACAUAUUUAAUAGUCUCCAUUUUGGCAUACAACAAAGGAAACUCGUGGCUGCAGUCUUUUCUCUGUGAGCGACAAAUGCCCGGGGGUAAUAACCCGAUAUUGACAAAUGCCCGGCCCACGGGCGAAAACAAAGCUGCAAAUGCCCGACCGUGGGGACAAGUAAGGGUUACAAAUGCCCCACACUGUCCCGGGGGGGAGGGGGGAUGGUUGCAGCUGGAAUUGACUGAUGUGUAAGGGGAUAUGGACCCCGGUCAACCAUAGCCUAUCGAAGGGAAGAUGGCUGUGAAACUCAUUAGAAUAACAAUAUAACUCAUUAUCUAUGUUAGCAAAAGUUUAUUCAUAAAUCUGGUCCUUCACCUUUACAUGUCUAUUGUAUUUUUGCCCCAACUAACCAAUAGCAAUGUUUUAGGAAAGUUACCUAUCCGUGACUCGAACAAUAGGGAAAUUGGAAAUUGCUAUUGGUGGAUUUGGAAAAAAUACAAUAUUUACACAUGUGAUGGUGAAGGACUAGAUUUAUGAAUAAUUUAAUGUUGAGUAACAUAGAUAAUGAGUUAUAUUGUCAGUUCUAAUGAGUUUCACAGCCAUCUUCCCUUCAAUAGGCUAUGGGGUCAACUAAGGGGUGGACCAUUAGAAAAGUGAUUGGGGGGGGGGGCAAGCAAAAAAAAUUAUAAGUUGAAAUAUAAAAAAAUUGUGCAAGGGUUUAUUUUAAAAUAAAUUAUCGACACAAGCAAUCAAUUUAAAAAAAUACUCCCCCCCCAUCACUUUUCUAAUGGUUUGCCCCUAAGGAUGAUUUGUUUAGUAGGGUUCUUAAAGUAUUUGCUUUUAUUUUUAUCCACCAAGAGAGCCAUAUAUUUUUGUUACUUUAGUGUGGACUCGACUGUGGCAAGACACUUUAAUGAUCAGCAGACUGAACUGGAAAUACGUUGUCUCUCUUGUCUGUGGUCUCUUUCUGAGACUAAAGAAGAUCGUUCUUUACUUUUAAGAAAGAUCGGUCUGGAGCCAAUCCUUCACUCACUUCUCAAAGAUAUACCUGACGUUGUUGAUGACAACAGAAUAUAUGAUGUCAGUCGUGCUAAUGAACGUUCUUUGGGAUGUUUAGGAGGGUAUGAAAUUUAAAACUUCAGUAUCUUGCUAGGAUACUGGGAUUCACUGUUCCACUGUCACCCUGAGUUACUCUCGAUUUCAAUUUACUUUUGAAAUCUGACUUCCAAUGUUAAUUUGUACGUUCGGAAUGUUCGUUGCAAAGUUCCGAAGUUUGUUUUGAAGUUUGUUGCGAUGAUUUCGGAUGAUCAAGUUUAUUGAGUUGUAGAGCUGUGCGGUUCCAAAAAUUUUAUCUCAGUUCCGUUUUUUUUGGAAUGGAAAAACCUCGGUUCAGUUUCGGUUAUUUUCAAAAAGAAGAACAGUACAAAUGUAUGAACUGAUUUAUGUAUGUUUCGAACAUUUUUACUAAAUAGGUGAAUUUAUACCUUUGUAAGUUUGUAUAAAUCUCUGAAUAUUUUAAAAGAACAAUUGGAAUUUAUUUAUGAACAUGAAAUAUUUCUUUUUUUAAAAAAUUUAAAGCAAGUGCACAACAAUAAUUAUCACAACUAAAGUAUCAACUAUUUGAGCACUUAGUAUACAGUGCAUAUUGUGCACAAAGAGCACAUUCUUUUUAUUUUCCAAACAUUUCAACCUGCAAUCAGGUGGGCAUUUGGUGGGUGUUACCGGUUCCAGGGGCGGAUCUAGGGGGAGUCAGAUUAGUCACGCGACUAACGUAAAAAAAAUGCAGAUAAAAAAAAUUUGGAUCAAGGUUUUAAAAUUAUUUCCCACCCAGCGCGCAAAUAUUUUCCUUCACUACGAUCAUGCAAUCAACUCUCACACUCCACCAUGUAAACUUCGAUCAAUUUUUGCACAUUGAGCCAGCGAUUGAUUAGUCAAACGAUAAGUCAAAUAAGCAGUAUUCAAAUGAAAAUUGACUUUUCUGUGUUUUAGCUGCCAGCUGGUGUAAUUUGAUUGGUCAAAUUUGGUCUGACUAGAGUAAAUCAAUUUACCGAGUCAAAUCCGAGUCCGAGUCAGUCCCGAGCCCAAGUCAAACGCCCGAGUCGCGUAAAAAAAGACGAAAGUGAAGAAAGUCGAAUAGGGUUAGGAGUAGGUUUAGCGUUAGGGUACUAAGUCAUUUUACCGACAAAGACAGUUAAACAGUGACUCAGACAUUUGACUCGAACUCGGAUUUGAGUCGGUCAAUAACCUACAAACCCCGAAAUUGAAUAAAAUUCACUGUUGAAUAGGGUUAGGGUAAGUUAGGAGUGGGAUUAUGGUUAGGAUUAGGGUACUAAGUCAUUGAACUGCAAAGACCAUCGAUUAAACUAUAACUCGGACAUUUGACUCGGGCUCAGAUUUGACUCGGUUAACCGACAAACUCGGUCUGACUACACAUAACAGGCAUAUUGAUUGGUCAAACCUAUUUUGACUCACGAUUGUGCAAUUUUGACUUUGCAUGAUGAUUUUUGACUAAUCCUGCAAAUAGAUAGUAGCUUGUGAAUGUGAUUGGACAAUUUGUGCAACAGAGUUAAAGAACAUCUCCUCUGAUUGGCCUUCUAAUCUCUUGGAAGCAUUGUGCACAUAUGGUAGUUACUAGUUAGCGCAAUUUUACAAGCUAAUUGUAGAUUUCGAAAAGGUUUAUACGUCGUUAUUUGAAAAUGACGAUACAUGUACAAAGCAUGUAAGGGAGGGUUAAUGUUGUUCAGUGGAGAAUAUUUGAAGGCUUCAAAUAUUCUAAAAAAAAUUUAAUACAAAUAAUCCACGAGUGACCUUUUGGUGAGGAUGCAAGAAAAUUGUCUUGGCCGAAACUAUCAAGCUGAGAUGUUGAUUCCCCGUCAUCUAUUUCAAGAUAAUGUCAUUUGAAUUUUUAAAUUUUAAACAAAUCGUUGAAUAGACUCCUUUCCCUCUCUCCCCCGCAGAGGCUUUAAUUGGCCUGCGCUCCUUCGCCCAGCGGCUACGCUCGUGUUCCAAGAUCCGCCAUGUAAAGUGUAGUGAAAUGUAUCUCGUCAUAAUAUUAAAUCCUAAGAAAACUAAAGCCUCUGCGGAGGAGAGAGCUCCUUUCCCCUUUUGAGUGAAAUUUUUAUCUGGACAAGUCUGGACAAAAAUUUCAUCACAGCUUGAAAGAGCAUCACAAAAUUAGUAAUAUUCCGAAGCUUCGUUGCGAAAUGUUGUAAAAUGCGGAUAAUAUAGCCUUGCGAAGUUUGCCGUUUUUCAGUCAUUUGGUAUUACAAACGGGAAAUUGAAAUUGAUAAUCAGAUGAUCAAACUGAUGCGAAAAAUCCUAGAUCCGCCCCUGACCGGUUCUUUUGCGUAUAUUUUUCAGUGCUAAAAAAAGUACAGGAAGAACUGAAUUUUUCGGUUAACCACACAGCUCUAGCACAGAAUAAAGACAUACAGAAGUGUAACUUCCAUUACAAAACCGUAAGGCGCUUUAAAAUUUGUAAAUUUUUACCGAAAUAGCUGGCGGUCAUGUUCUUAGCAAGUGCCCUAAAGAGAGGCAUUCACCCCAUGGAAUAUUAAAUUUUCAAUGUUUUCAGGGGGGUGACUGCCUCUCUUUAGGGCACUUGCUAAGAAUAUGGCGGACUGAAAAAAUCCCUUACGCACUUUUAAUAAGAAGAUACACUUCUGUAUGUCUUUAUUGUGUGGCUCUAGUAAGUUGUAAAUGAACCAGCCAAUCAAAUGGCCUCCUAUUGAAUCAUCGUAAGUCGUCAGAACAAAUUUCAAAACUUUGCAACGAACAUUCCGAAGUUACAAAUAAACAUUCAAAGUCAGAUUUCAAAAGCAAAUUGAAAUCGAGAGUACUCCAUGCAGUAUCUGGGCACUUCUGGAUACUGGUUACCAUAGGCCUUGGCAUCCCUGACCUAUCCAAAUAAGUAUACAGUAUCUGGGUCUCACUACACAAGUAUAUAAUGACUAAAUUAACAUUAACCCAUUAAGUUGCAUUGUGCCCUAAUGCAAUGCGCCCUACUUUAUUAUUUUACUCUGUCUAACACUGGGCAAUUUUACUCAUCAGAGCACUGGUACCCAAUGGGUUAAAUUGGGGGAAUCACUGUGAUAAAUCUGUUUUCAUUUUAGAUUUGUCGAACUGCCAGACGUCCCACAAAUUUUUGCUGAAAACAAGGAAGCUUUAUCAAAAAUUGUCUGGCUUACAUUCAAUUCUUCAGACAACUAUCACAAAGAGACUGCAGCAUGUAUAUUAUUUUGGUGCACUAAUCACCCUAAGGCUGCUAGAAAGAUCAUUGAAAAUCAAUGUUAUCGUUUGGUUCUUGAAAAGGCCCAAGGAAUGUUAUUUGUCACACCUGUUGUUGCGUGAGUAGCCUGAGUAUAUAGAGAAUAAUACAUGGGUGCGCGGAAAUACCAGAUUUAUUUCGAGUGUUGAACAUGAUAUCCCACGAGUGAGCGCAGCGAACGAGUGAGAUAUCAUGUUCAACACGAGAAAUAAAUCUGGUAUUUCCAAGCACCCAUGUAUUUUUCUGUUUAUUAUAUACGAUAAUUUCUGUUUAUUACGAUAAUUUUCACAUGUGAGAUUAUCAUAAAUAAUCUCACAUGUGAGAUUAUCACUUUUAUCAGUGCUCGAAAUCUCUAUGAAGCACUAUACUUUAUAUAAUAAAGCGUGAUAAUAUACCCUUCUGGAAGUAGUUCUGUGCAAACUCCGGGGUUUUCACCUCCGGCUCCGGGAAAAAAAUUCCGGCUCCAGCAGAAAAUUUCCAGCUCCGGCAAAUUUGUGAAAAUUCGAAAUUUAAUGGAAAUUUCACAUUUCAAUGUGGAAACACUAUCUUUGAUUUUGAUGUUAACAUUAGAGUUAAAGAGGCAACAACACUUUCUAGUUUCAAAACUCUAAUUUGGAUAAUUUACGUAAUUGAUAGUGUGAAUUGCAUGUUUAAAUCUUAUUACUACAUACAUUUGUGUAAAAUAAUUUAAAUGCAGGUCCCUCAUGAAUUUCAGCUGAAGAGGCUAACCUGUUUAAAUAAAGUUUUCCAAUCCAAAAACACUUUGCAUGAACAUUUCGUACUAUGUUUGUGGCAAGCCUAUGCAGUAUCAAUGCGAAUAUUUACUUUUUUGUCGAUGGAUUCAGGAUGUCCAACAGUAGUUUGCAGCACAAAUAAGUGCUGUUGGAGUUUUGCCGGAGUUGAACAAACUGGCUCUAGCCUACGACCUCAUUUCGGCCCACGAGCAUCUGUGACGCAGGCUAAACAAACUCCAGCUCCGGCAAAAUAGGCCAAAACUCCGGCCCUCUGCCGCACAGCACUAUCUGGAAGGCACACAGCCUUGACCGUAGAUAGACAUUUUUAACACUCUCACGGUAGCCUAUUUCUGCGGGGAGCGGGGUGUAUCCGUUUCAGACCUGCAGACAUUCUCAAUUAACAGGCUGCUUUUGCCAGAAUUUCUCUAACAAUAAAUUAAACCAUCCUCUUUAGAUACUUUCACAGUCUAUUCUUGGCCAACAUUCAAACUUUGCCCGAAGAAAAGCUUCCUUACGACGAAAUACAGCAAAUCAACCAAGUCUUAGAAGCUUUCCUGCAUGUAGUUACUCCUUCUGAAAUUGGCCGUUAUGAAGCAAAGCAUACUUAUGUGUGGAUAAGCUUAAUUCCUUUUCUCCGGCUAGCUUUGGCAGGACCGAGUAGGCCUUUGGAGACUGAGAAUCGUCAGGUUCGUCCCCAGGUCUCUGUGGAUCCAUGCUUGGAAAUCGGAACCCAACCGGGUGAAAAAAGUUGCGAUACGGAAAUUUCCAACAACCGUGGAAUUGGUCCAUAUAAUUUUUCUCCGGUGGAAAAAAUUGGCUUGUUCUGCCUUUGUCAUUUGGCAAAUUCCCCGGAUAACAGAGAGCUGUUUAAAAAGGAAAAACUUGAAGAUUAUUUAAUUUGUGUUUGUUGGUUUACACAACGUUGUCCCGAAGUCGCUGAUUUGACACCAAAACUUGAUGGAUUCGAGCGCUUAGAGCCACCACGCUUAGAAUCAAUAGCAAAAGCAUAUCUUUCAAAAUGUUUCGGUGAAAAAAUUAUGUAAGAAAAAACCGCAUGAAAGAACCAUUUUUUAUGCCAGGUUGAAGUGGUUCUUUAACUUAUAUAAUUCUUGGGUUUCACUACGGCAUUAUGCAGUAAAUCUGACGGAUUGAUGCUUAUUCGUAUUGUAUACCCUUGUAUACCCUUGCGUAUUGUAUACCCUGAACAAACUUAUAAAGAUGCGUUGCUGUCGGCUGGUAUCACCAAAUUGGAGACUAGACGUGAAGAGCUAUGUUUGAAGACACUCACGAAGAUAACCAGAGGUGGUCCGCUUACACAACACGUGACUCAGACUAGAUCGAACGAGCAUAAUUAUUUUAUUAGAUCAUUAAAUAAUUUAUCAACUUAUAAAUGUCGAACUGAUCGGUUUAAAAAUAGCUUUUUCCCAAAUACAAUGGACCUUUCCCCUUAUAACUAAAAUUUCGAUCUAGACAAAAAUUUCAUCACAGCCUGAAAGAGCAUCACAAAAUUAGUAAUAUUCCAAAGUUUUGUUGCAAAAUCUUGUAAAAUGCGGAUAAUAUAGCCUUGCGAAGUUUGCCGUUUUUCAGUCAUUUUGCAUUACAAACGGGAAAUUGACAUACGAUUCGGGUGUUGGGGCUGCAAUUUCCCGUUUGUAAUGCAAAAUGACUGAAAAUUGCAAACUUCGCAAGGCUCUAUUUUCCUCAUUUUACAACAUUUCGCAACGAAACUUUGGAAUAUUACUAAUUUUGUGAUGCUCUUUCAAGCUGUGAUGAAAUAUUUGUCUAGACUUGCCUAGAUCAAAAUUUUGGUUAUAAGGGGAAAGGUCUAUUAAUAUUGCUAAUAGUAAACAGUGACUGGUGAGACAUGAUUUUAACUUUGUCCUAACAACCAUUGUAAAUAAUCUAAUAUUAUUAUAGUAUUUUAAUGUAAG